AUGACCACGACCCAGAAUGGCCAUGGGCGAGGCGCUGUGUCCACAUGUCCCGCCUCCCACCCAAAAGACCCCAGGAUGGUGACCUCCAUGGCGUGUCAGAACGGAGGCUGCGGCAGUGACGCAGAGGCCCAGGAGGCCAGACUCAGCCCGGCCAAGCUGGUGCGCAUUUUCUCUGUGAGCCGGAGGAGAGCAGGUGCCCAGCCCGAGCGACCACGCUCACUGGUCCUGGUGGGUGGCUCGUCCACCUGGAAUGCCCUGGCCUCCUUCCGGAAGAUGGGCUCGUUCAAGAAGCUCAAGUCCUCUGUCCUGCAGGGCAUCCAGACCCGAGAGGGCUCAGACGCCUUCUCCAAGGAGGACGCCCCGGAGCCCGACCCGGGAAGACCCACCCCAAAUGGCACCGUCGUGAGUGUCCAGGCCAGCAGGUGUGCCUCCUGGGGACAGGGCCAAGCGGGAGCCGGGGGCGCAUCUGACGGCUCAGACCCCGAGGACACAGAUGAUGCCUUCCAGAGGAGCACUCACCGCUCACGCAGCAUCCGCAGGGCAUACGGUCUAGGCCGCAUCAGCUUGCUGGACACCGACGGGCCGGCAACCCAGGGCCCCGCGCCACCUGUGUCCCCUGCUGGCCAGGAGCCCCCUGUGUGUGAGAUCCUGGUGAAGGAUGCUCAGAACCACGGCCUGGUGUGCCGAAGGAGCAAAAGCACAGACAGCCUGAGCUUCCUCAAGAAGAGCUCCUUCAAGCGCAAGUCCACCUCCAACCUGGCUGAGCUCCGGGGGACGCCAGAUGCCCAGGGGCCCCGGCGGACCCUCAGCAGUUCCUCCGCGGACUCCGAGAAGCUCGGGGGGCCCGAGAGGAGGACCAGGCGCUGGAGGAGCCCGAUCCGGGCCAAGGACUUCGACAGGGUCCUGAGACUGGUGAGCAACGUGACGGAUGCGGCCUGGAAGAGGGAGGGACCCAAGGGCGCGGCCCCGGCCCCCGGCGAUGCCAACCCCGGGCUGCGACUGCAGAGCCGGCUGCAUGACGACUACUCCCGACGGGUGUCCAGCAGCUCCGAGCAGGACCGGAGGCGGGUCUCCGGCCUCACUCCAGGUCCCCGCGUGGACGUGGUCACGGCCAUUCCCCUCGAAGCCAGAGGCUUGCGGGCGUCGGAGAGUGGCAGUCCUUGUGCCGAGAGCUUCUCCCCGAGCCCGGUGGCCCAGGAAGUGUCCAAUGGGGACUCCAAUGACCCGAGCGCUGGCAGCCAGUUGACAUCUGACCCCGAGCAGCCCCCCAGCCCGCGGAGGCCCACCACGCCCAAGCCCCAGAGCCCUCAGAGCCCGGGGGCGGGGAGCACCAAGCGUCCCAGCAGUCAUAGUGCGCUGUCCCUGAGCUCGGUGGACAGUGAAGGAAGAGCAGAGGGGCCUGCCCAGAGAGAGCCGGGGCCCGAGGCCUUGCUGGACCUGGGUGGUGGGGACCGUGAGGACUUUCUGCGGAGCCCUGGAGCGGCCAGUCCAGGAGAUGAGGAGGUAAGGGUUUUCACCGAGGAGCCCUGGAGGCGAGGACCGUCCCAGGAGGAGGAGAGCACGGAGGCGCAGAGGCUCACCCGGAGGACAUGGGGCUCUGGGUGGCGGUCCAGGCCACGGCCACUCUCCGACUACGGCCAGCCGGCCAGCCGCAGUCUGUCCAUCCCCGAAGACGCGGUUGCCGUGGAUCCCCAGGAGGAGGAGGACUGUGUGGACGGGGACCCCCAGGCGGGCGAGACCUCCGGCGGCCCCGUGGGCCAGAAUGCUCCCUCGGGCUGCCCCAGGGGGCCCCGGAGACGCCGCCCCAUGUCGGUGAUUGGUGGGGUCAGCUUCUAUGGGAACAGCCAGAUGGAAGAAAUGGACACUCUACUGAGCCAACCGGCUGCCAGGCCGCCCCUGCCGGCACACCAGGUGCCGCCCUACAAGGCCGUGUCCGCCCGCUUCCGGCCCUUCGCACUGUCCCAGAGCACCCCCAUCGGGCUGGACCGCGUGGGACGCCGGCGACAGAUGAGAGCGUCCAACGUUUCUUCGGAUGGAGGGGCAGAGUCCUGUGCCCUGGUGGAUGACAAUGGCAGUGAAGAGGACUUCAGCUAUGAAGACCUCUGCCAGGCCAACCCUCGGUACCUGCAGCCGGGCGGGGAGCAGCUGGCCAUUAACGAGCUGAUUAAUGACGGGAGUGUGGUCUGCGCGGAGGCCCUGUGGGACCAUGUGACCAUGGACGACCAGGAACUGGGCUUCAAGGCCGGGGAUGUCAUUCAGGUUCUGGAAGCUUCUAACAAGGACUGGUGGUGGGGCCGGAAUGAAGACAAGGAGGCCUGGUUCCCCGCGAGCUUCGUCAGGGUGAGUGCGGGCACUGGGUUCCUGUCUGGGUAACGCCUGAGUCAUCAGGAGCUGUCGGAGAGCUCCAGUGGCCAGCGGGGCGAGGGCCCGGGCGCAGAGGCCAGCCAGGGCCGCCACCGACCCUGUGAGAGCCAGCACCAGAUGCGGACCAACGUCAUCCGGGAGAUCAUGGACACCGAGCGUGUGUACAUCAAGCACCUCAGGGACAUAUGUGAGGGCUACAUCCGCCAGUGCCGCAAGCACACGGGCAUGUUCUCCGUCGCGCAGCUGGCCACCAUCUUCGGAAACAUCGAAGACAUCUACAGAUUCCAGAGGACGUUUCUGAAAGACCUGGAGAGACGGUACAACAAGGAGGAACCGCACCUGAGCGAGAUCGGCUCCUGCUUUCUCCAGCACCAAGAGGGCUUUGCCAUCUACUCUGAGUACUGCAACAACCACCCGGGCGCCUGCCUGGAGCUGGCGGGCCUCAUGAAGCAGGGCCGCUACCGCCACUUCUUCGAGGCCUGCCGUCUGCUGCAGCAGAUGAUUGACAUUGCCAUCGACGGCUUCUUGCUCACGCCUGUGCAGAAGAUCUGCAAGUACCCGCUGCAGCUGGCUGAGCUGCUCAAGUACACCACGCAGGAACACGGCGAUUACAACAACAUAAAGGCGGCCUACGAGGCCAUGAAGCACGUGGCCUGCCUCAUCAACGAGCGCAAGCGCAAGCUGGAGAGCAUAGACAAGAUCGCGUGCUGGCAGGUGUCCAUUGUGGGCUGGGAGGGACGGGACAUCCUGGACCGGAGUUCCGAGCUGAUCCACUCCGGGGAGCUGACCAAAGUCACCCGGCAGGGCAGGAGCCAGCAGCGGACGUUCUUCCUGUUUGACCACCAGCUGGUGUCCUGCAAGAAGGACUUGCUGCGCAGGGACAUGCUGUACUACAAGGGCCGGAUGGACAUGGACGACAUGGAGCUGGCGGACCUGGAGGACGGGCGCGACAAGGACUGGGGUCUGGUGGUGAGGAACGCCUUUAAGCUCGUCAGCAGGACCACGGGCGAGGCGCACCUGUUCUGCGCCAAGAAGCAGGAGGACAAGGCGCGGUGGCUGCAGGCCUGUGCGGACGAGAGGAGGCGGGUGCAGGAGGACCAGGAGAUGGGAAUGGAAAUUCCAGAAAACCAGAAGAAACUCGCCAUGUUGAACGCUCAGAAGUCAGGACAAGGCAAGUCAAAAGGCUACAGCGGCUGCCCCGCGGUCCCGCCGCACCAGGGCCUGCACCCCCUCCAGCAGCGCCACGUGACGGUGCCCACCAGUGUGCCCCAGCAGCAGGUGUUCGCGCUGGCCGAGCCCAAAAGGAAGCCCUCUCUGUUCUGGCACACCUUCCACAAGCUCACGCCCUUCCGGAAGUAA